AUGGUGCUGGAGCUAUUCUUGUGGAAAAAUCUUGUUCAAGAAAAGUACAACCGUUCUGUUUCUCAAGGAGCCUGUCAAACUGAACCCUGUGCAUCCUCCAAUGGAUUUGACAAUGAACUUGAGCAGCAGGCUCAUCCUGUGGCGCUGCAGGUCCCUGGUCUUAGACCUGGCUCCUGGCGGUAUCAUGUUGGAGACGGGUUUUAUUUCCACCGGCAAAGGGUUGGCUCUGGAAGAGUAUUUCUGAGGUGUGUGCUCUACCGUAGCAACCCGUCGUGCCCUGCUAGAGCUGUUAUGAAUGAAGAUUUUUCCGGAUUCACUGUUACUCACGCUCAACACAAUCAUGGGCCAGAUGAGCUGCAGGAGCAAGUCCAAGCGUUUAGGAGCAGUUUGAUUCAAGCCUGUAGAGUGAGGCCGAGUGUGAGGGUGGACUUGAUUUAUCAUGAUGUGAGCCGGAAUGUACCUCGUGAUGUAUCAAGCCGUGUCAGUUUGCUUUCAAUUCGGCCCUCCAUGAUCAGAACUCAGUCUGAAAACAGGCCGAACAUACCCCAUUCAUUCGAAGAAUUCGACAAUCUUUUGAGGAAUACCCGUGAUCUUUGUACCAGCUUGGAUGGUGAAUGCGACAUGUACCAGGGAAUGACAGGCGGGUAUGGGCAUCGGUCAUUGCUUUUUUUGAGCAGAAGAGUUGUCACUGGAGCAGGCGAAGUAAGGCAUCUGUUUGGUGAUGCCACAUAUUAUGCACGCCCAAACCAGCCUGACUCAAUGCAACUGUACACUCUUGUAACUGUGCGCGACAACCAUAUACUUCCCCUUGCCUAUGCUUUGAUGGAGUCUCGAAGUGAGAUAGCCUAUCGAGAUCUCUUUACCUUUAUCAGGCGUGUAGUCCCUAAAAUGGAUCCCGACUUUUUCAUGUCAGAUUUUGAAAUGGCCCAACUUAACGCCAUUCUUGAAAUAAUUCCCCGUGUUACGCUUUCGGGAUGCCUGUGGCAUUUUGCCCGUGCUGUUUGCCGGAAUGUUAGAUCUUUAGGGCUGCAUGAAUUAGUGAGAGACCGUGAGAACGCAAGAAGAGUGGUCCGAUUAUGUUUAGGCAUUCCCCUGGCUCCUCCAGGUCGCCUCUUUGAUGCCUUAAAUGCUGUUGUUAUUGAGGCACGCAGACUUAAUCUUCAAGAAGAGUUCAAUGACCUCUUCAAUUACCUUCGGGUCACUUGGCUAGAAGGCAUCGGGGAGCGAACCCUGUGCGUAUUUGGUGUUCGUCAUAGGACCAACAACGUAGCUGAAGCUCAUCACCGAAACCUUAAUUCCAGGGUUGUCCGAAGGCCAAAUGUGUGGCGGUUCAUUGAAAUGCUUCGCGAGAUGGAGGACAUCGCUUGGAGAGACUUGGGCCGCUUGGAAAUAGGACUAGCACCAAGCAGAGCCAGAAGGGUAUCAAGUCUCCUGAGCGAUGCGCGAAUAAGGUCUUGCAGCCGGCAGAUUAUGAAUCGUGAAAUGGACAUGCUGCAUUUCCUUUCUACUGUGUCUUGGCACCUGGAUGCGUCAAUGCAGGACAUGUUAAGAGACAGGGAAGAGGACCGGCCCCCUUCUCCCUUAAGGGGUGCACCUCGAGAACUUCCAGAUAACAUCCGUUUAAGUCAGGAAAGAGGGUGUGCUAUCAACGACCUUUCUGUGGAAGAAAUGCCAUCUCAUGAUGCCCCCGAUCAACACGACCUUGAUGCUGCUGACUUGUUUGAAGACUUGAUGGGAGAAAGGUAUAAUGAGAAUGGCAGACCUUCCUCAAGCAGGGGCCGCCGUGGAGCGGGGCGCCGUCGUGGAACCCGGGGCCGAGGCGGUCUGGCAGGACGGGGACGUGGAGCCACUGCCAGCAGCGGCAGAGGGAGCCGAUCGAGCAGAUCCCUCCCUGCUCAACCUCAUCAGGACAAUGUUUUCAGUGAAAGUGCUCGACCUAAUCACCCACCAUUAAAUUUACGCCCCGACAUAGUUUUAUCUGACACGGAGGAAGAAUUGUCGGAGGAUCAGCGCCACUGGGAGUGUAUAAUUUGCAACAACCGGCGUGGCCGGUAUGCUAUGAUAGGCUGCGGGGCUUUCCCCAUCUGUGGACACUGUGUGAACCAAUGGUUUAAUAUCCUUGGGUACCACAAAUUGCCCUCACUGCAAUGGGCUCAACCUAGGAUGGGUCCGUUUGAAUCUCACAGACAGACAUGGUUCAUAAAUAUUGAUGUUUAUGUGUCCACAUUGUAGCAGGAGAGUUGGCAGAUGGGCCAAUCAAAAUUGUAUUUGUAUGUUCUCUUUUUUAUUU